AGCCGUCUUCUUCUUCGUCCCUUGUGUGGAUCUACAUCCUCUCCUGCUUUUCUCAGAGGUUCCUCUCUUCUCCCCCCGCCCACCAAGGCCAAUACAUCACUAUGUCUUUCGUCGACUUCGAGUCAUCCUCUGGGCCCCUUCGUAUGCAUUACAACAUUGCCACCCCGACCAAUCCAAGCGCGGACGCGAUCGACGAGACCCUCCCUACUAUCCUUUUUCUUCAUGCCAUCUACCUAGGACAACAAAUUUUCGAACUUCAAUUUCGAGACCCGAGGCUGAGAAGAUUCAACCUCGUUGCGAUCGACUCACGAGGUCAUGGUGAAAGUCAGGGGCCCAUACCCCCGACAUGGAGUCCGGCAGCUUCUGCCGAGGAUCUUUAUUGCUUCAUGCAAAAGCUCAACCUCCCGCCUUGUCAUUUCGUAUCGAUGUCAAUGCACACUUUGACUGCUACUCACUUCAACGUUAUGUAUCCGGAGAUGAUUCUUUCACAGUUCUUGAUCUCCCCUGUUCCCGAUCAGGAGAGCGAAGAUGUGAUCUCCGGAAGACAGGAGAUCUACGAAUGCUGGGCACAAGGAUUCGCGGAUCCAGAUAACGUCGAUGAGAGCGCGGUUCUGGACUCAGUCUGGGGUGCACUCCAACUUGCAUUCAACAACCUUGAAAACCCUCUCAUGACUGCGUUAUGGAAAACAGCCAUUCCACCGGCCAUCGUCCAAUGGGGAAGCAGUGCCUCCGGAAAGUUCGACGAGUAUUAUAACACCAACAUCUCCUUCUUCGCCAACAGCAAGUCCUUCACAGUCGAGCAAAUCACGAAAAUGGCGAAUACGCCAACCAAGGUCAUCCAUGGCCAGAACGACGUUGCAUAUCCUUUGGAGCUGUCGAAGCGUGUAGUAGAAAUUUUGAAGAAGGGCGGUGUGGAUGCAGAACUUGUGGAGAUUCCGGGGGCGACGCAUUAUGCGUGUGUUACGGCGGCGGAGGAAGUGAAACUGACGAGAAGUGGCUGGCUUGAACCUUACAGGAUCAACAGUAUGCUGCACGAAUGGAUAUUGAAACACACAAAGGGCGAACCCCCAAUCCCCGACGAAGCCGUCUCGCCGUGGAAAGACUUCCUCGGAGACUACGAAGAGGACGAAGAUACUGAUUGAUUAGAUUAGAACUGUAACUUUGUGGCAUGUUUCAUUUCGACUUCUUAUCUUCAUCGCUUUUCCUUCCUCACAUGUAGAAACAGACCUCCGCGGCCCUUCUAAGCCUAUGUGUCCACAUUGCAUUUUAUAUACCGUACAUAUGUCCCCACUUAUGACCAGACACGACUUUUACGAACUUUAUCAACCCUUUCUUG